AUGAUCCUCUACAAGGCCGAAGACGUGCUCAUGUGCAAGGUGUUUGCAAUGACUUUACAAGGAGCAACUCAGGACUGGUUCCACACCCUACCAUCUGGGUCAAUCAGCAGCUUUAAAGAGCUGGCUUACGUCUUCACCAAAGAAUACACUUCUUAUUGGACGAUCAAGAAGAACCCUGACCACCUAUACAACCUACGCAAGAAGCCCGAUGAAUCCCUUCAAGAUUACAUCAAGAGAUUCAAGGCAGAAAAGGCCAACAUUGUAGGGUGCGAUAACCGAAUCGCGUCCUCUGCUUUCAAGAAAGGUCUUCCAGCUGAACACGACUUAUAUCGAGAGCUGACUAUCACUCCUAGCCAGACUCUGGCAGAGGUCUUCGUGAUCGUGGAAUGCUACACGCUCUGGGAUGACGAUCGAAUCGCCGCGAAGAAGUCUACCGAACAGGAAGAUCAGCCGACCUAG